AUGAGAAUAUUGGCGCCACGGUCUCUUGCCAUCGUCAUCUCAGGCGUGAGCAUGCCUGAAGAAGUCUUCCGGAAGACUGCGGUGGAGCCCAUCCCUCUGGACACCAAGCAGAAGGCGGCGCUUCGGCGCCUGGAGCGCGUCACCGGUACCUAUGAGUUCGUGGUCACAGUGCGCAAGUCGCAGUUUGUUCCUCCUCGUGGCCACCGACGACACGCUGGCCCCAUCAACCCCCAGGCAGUCCACUUGGAGAAGCUGUACCUGGAUGUGGUGCCGGAAGUGGAUGGCACCAGGCUGCGGGUGGAAUACAUCGGCGACGGCUUGGUCGCAGCCUGGAACCGGGCCAACCCAUACUUCGCAGUUCGGCCUGGAGACUCCAUCGUGAAGGCGGAGAUCCCAUCGAAGAGUGAGGCGAAGGCGAGCCUUUUGGAGUCCAUCUCCGGCGCGGAGGCCAGGGCGCCACUCGUGCGCGACAUGCGCAUGCGCGCCUUCCAGCUUCCAAGGGGCGACUCCUUGUCCGCGGCGCAGGAUGUGCUGAAGUUGACGUUGCAGCGCGUGCCGGGCACCCAAUCUGGCCUUCCGCGGCGGGAAAUGGCGAUGUCCUGCCCCCUGUCCCUAAAUGAGACCACGCAAGCCUUCGGCCAGGACGAAUCGCUCUGCCUCAAAGUUCUCACGCUGAAGCCUUCGGAGGAUGCCCUGGAGUAUUUCAACGAGGCCGGGUUGACCGACGGUUUGCCUGUGGCGCUGCCCACGCGCAAGCGGGUGAAUGCCAUGCUGAGAGGCAGCGCCUUGGAGAGGCUACAUGUCAUCGGCAAUUGCCCGCCCUCCUAUGCCGAGGUGACAGUCGAAAAAGUGGCCAUCGCUGCUGUCAUGGCCGGCUGCGUGCCAGAGAUGUUCCGCCUGGUGCUGGCAGCAACUAAGGCCAUGCUGCGCCCGGAGUUCGGGCUCCACGGGGUGCAUGCCACUACCAUGGGCGCCACACCGGUGGUGGUGGUCAACGGCCCCUGCCGCCUCGCGGCGGGUGUGAACUGCCAGCUGGGUGUCUGCGGCAGCGGGCAUCGGAGCCACUGCAUCGGCCGGGCGUUGAAGCUGCUGCUGCAGAAUGUGGGCCGCGCCCGGCUGGGUGGUACGGAGUCCACCACCCUCGGCACCCCCAUGAAGUUCGGCCUGUGUUUCGGCGAAUGGGAGGAGCGCAGCAAGUGGCAGCCCUUAGCGCUUGAAGAGAAGGAUGCGGUGACAGUGCUGGCCUGUGCUGGUGGCCCCACUCAGCUCGUGGACUUCUCCUCCACGCCCAAGGAGCUGCUCCAGCGCCUGUCGGCGCUGCUGGCCAUGGCCUACGCGCCGCAGAUGCCGCUGGUGAACCAGGUCUUGCUGAUCAUCUCCCCCGAGCACCAUGACAGCCUUGUGAAAGGGGGCUUCGACUCCAAGAAGAAGCUUGCGCAGGCCCUCUGGCGUCAGACCUGUCGGGCCUUCCUGCCCCACGUUGGGGCGGCGGUGGUGCAAGUGCUGCAGGUCCGAGGAGUCCCUGUCUGGCUGGCCAAGUCUGCAGGGCUCUUGGUGACCAUGUGCGCCCGCGUGAUGGCGCUGCUGGGGAAGCCCUUUUUGGCGCUCCCAAAGUUCAGCGGCCCGGAGAGUUUCAACAUCGUCGUGGCCGGAGGUGGUGCGGGGAAGUUCUCGGCCUUCUGCCCGGGCUUCGGGGUGGGGAAGAAGGGCAUGGCCACCGCCGAGAUGUCGCUGCCCUGCACCGAGCCGGUGGAGCCCCGUCCCGAUGCGCUCGAUCGAGGAGCUGAGCUUGCCGGCGAGGAGGGACAGGAGCUGCUGGAUCCCCGGGGCGCGGCGGCUGCAGAGAAGCUCCAGCUGGCGGCGAGGAGUGGGGAGAUCCAAGGCCCCGUGGCCUUGGUGGACAUCUCCAAGGCCCGGGGCUCGGAGCUCCUCGCGGUCUUCGAGCAGAUCCUGCGCCAAGAAGGUGUCGAGACGCGGCGAUACGUCAAGCCCACCUUCUCGCGGCCCUGUCCGAGCGACCUGCGAAAGCGCAUCAGCGCUGAGUGUCGCUCUGCCAUUUUGGGCCUGGCCGACUGA